UUCACGACACACACGCCUCAGCCGUUUAUACAAUUUAGGGAAGUGACGAUGGUUGUCAGGAGCUAACUGCGCCUUUUCAUCCAAAAAGUUCUAAUGAGAAAGAACAUGAAUGGUAUCAUCGGUACGAAUUGAGAACGGAUUGUUAUAAUAGGGCCAACGGUAACGGUGAAUGUUUUUGGACCUCCACACACAAUCGACGAAUAAAUAUAAUUUUUACAGCCAACAAUGAAUGUGCAAUUACCUACAUCUGCAACAUGGCUGCUAGGAGAACGCUAGUGGGAAAAGUUUAGAGUACUGACGUGGGAGAAGUUGUCUAGUAAUCCAGUUCAGUGCAGCAGAUAUUGUUGGAUAAGCAACAUUUUUUCCCCCAUUUUUUUUUCUUCAAUCGCCUCGGAUUGAACAAACGAACGGAACACUGGAUUACGGAGUCGAUGCAGAGGAGUGCAAGACCACUUUCGCAAUAGACUUUACCUUCUAGAUUUGUGGUGCCCUUUUCAUCCAAAAAUAGUGGUCCUCUCGUCCAGUGGUCCAUCUAAAAAAAUGCAUUUCUCCAUUCCCGAAACGGAGGUUCGUUCGGGAGAAAAUGGAUCAACUUAUGUGGCAUUCAACAUCCAUGUGAAUAGUGUUCUGCACUGUCAGGUACGCUAUAGCCAGCUGCUCGGCCUACACCAACAGAUAAAGAAAGAGUAUGGGAACAACGUGGUACCCGCUUUCCCCCCAAAGAAGAUAUUCACGCUGACGCCGGCCGAGGUGGAGCAGAGACGAGAACAGCUGGAGAAAUACAUGCAAGCUGUGCGACAGGACCCCAUGCUCGGAGCCAGUGAGAUGUUCAACAGCUUUCUAAGGAAAGCCCAGCAGGAGACCCAGCAGAUUCCAACAGAAGAGGUACCCCUGGAGAUCUACCUGUCUAAGAGGCAGAAGGUCACGGUCAACAUCCUGACCUCUGACCAGACAGAGGACGUCCUCGAGGCUGUUGCGUCGAAGCUGGACCUUCCAGAUGACCUUGCUGGUUACUUCAGUCUCUUCCUGGUUCGGGAAGGAGUGGACGGGGGCUUAACGUUUGUGAGGAAGCUGCAGGAUUUUGAGCUGCCGUACGUAUCUGUCACCAGUUUACGGAGCUCGGAGUUCUACAUCGCCCUUCGUAAAAGUUACUGGGACACGGCGUAUGACAGUGAUGUCAUGGACAACAGAGUGGGACUGAACCUACUGUACACUCAGACGGUGUCUGACAUAGAGAGAGGCUGGAUCCUCGUUAACAAGGACCAGCACAGACAGCUGAAAUCACUGCAGGAGAAAGGAUCCAAGAAAGAAUUCAUUAGGCUGUGCCAGACGCUGAAGUACUUCGGCUACAUACAGUUUGACCCGUGUGUGACAGACUUCCCGGAGAAGGGCUGUCACGCGAUCGUCUCCGCUGGCAACAACGAACUCAACUUCCAGGUCAAGCUACCCAAUGAGCAGAUGAAAGAGGGGAGCUUCAAGGUCACGCGCAUGAGGUGCUGGAGGGUCACUUCCUCUCAGGUCCCGGUAGCCAACGGAACAGCCUCCACCUCCCCCUGCUCCUCAGCCAAGUGUGAGGUGAAGUUGGAGCUAGCCUUCGAGUACCUGAUGAGCAAAGACCGUCUCCAGUGGGUCACCAUCACCAGCCCACAGGCAAUCAUGAUGAGCAUCUGUCUGCAGUCGAUGGUUGAUGAGCUGAUGGUCAAGAAAUCAGGAGGCAGCAUCAAGAAGAUGCUGAGGAAACGUCCCAACGGCUCCCUCCACCGUUCUGAAAGUCAGCAAGCUGUGAAAUCACCCCCUCUACUGGACUCCCCUGACCCAGACCGAGAACAGAUAGUCAAACUCUCAACCAAGCUGAGCUCUGUGUCACUCAGAGGGAUCAGCGCCUCCAACUCGGCCAACGACGUCAGCGGCAACGAUUUCCAUGGCAACUACGCCUUUGAGGGGAUCGGGGACGAUGACCUGUAAUAUUCAACCUCCUCCUCCUGACUAACGCGACCCGCAAAGUUUCCAAGCCGAGCUGAGCCAGGCAGAAAUGAGUUUGUCUGGUUUGUGAUUGUAGCCCUUCCCGAGGGUCUGCUACCAACCAUAUCUUCUUGUUUGAUCCUCUUCAUAAAAGGCUGCAUCCCAAACGACACCCUGUUUACUUACACAGUGUGGCACUUUUGAGUCCCUUUUGAGUCCCGUUGGCCAUUUGGGACACAGACAAAGCUUCCAUCUGUCUCAGUGGUUUCCCAACCUUUUUUGAACCGUGGCACACUUUAAUGGGUGAUACAAAUUUAUUCGGCACACGUAGAAACCACAACUCUGCACUAUAAUUUGUAUUCUUUCUUUCUGCUAAAAUAGGUCUUUAAUUGUUAAAGGUUUGAGCUACAGACGAGUGGUUUUCUGCGUUGUAGAAGUGCAAACACAGACACAAGCCAUGCGCCGUAAGAAAUGACUGACUUUGGCUAAGCCUAAUCAGUACAGUGCCUGUACUCAUGGUUUUCACUGCCCAUCCUCUUGUUCAUCAAUCAGCUCAUUGUUUUUUCCCACGUUGUCAAUAAUAUUUAGAAGAAAAAAAAUCUCAAACUUGCAGUCUUAAGCUGAAAGGGGUUUAAACGAGGACAUUUGCAACGUGUUGUUAUUAGCAUAAUAAUGGAUGUUUUCCACUUCUUCACCACGUUCCAGACUUAUAUAACAGUAUUCAUAGAUUUACAUUCUUCUGUAAAAAAAAAAAAUAGAACAUUGCGUAAUUCUAAAAAGGAGGCUCCUUUUCAAUCACAAAGUGUCAUUCUGCGUUUUCUUUCUAGUGUGUUUAUUCUGUCACAUCAGAAAUCCAAGGUAGAAACCAUAACUGAUUUUGUUAAAAGGCUGUCAGAUCUCUCUCUCUCUCUCUCUCUCACUCAGAGCUGUGUCUUCUUCAGCUGGUUCUUUUGCCUUUUGACAACCAAGACGAGACAGAAGUCCGACAGAAAGGCAUUGGCACAGUGCUUAUGAAAGCUGGCUAACCAAAUGAGCCGUCUCUGUUUAGGAGUGUGUAAAAUAAGUUGUGUUAUCCAUUGGAGGUACUGCUUAGUGACAUUACUUAAACACACAAUAUAACUGUUCAAAUUUGCCAAAAAAAAAAAAGUGUUUUUCAGGAUCGUAUUUUGAAAGGGUAUAUUUGUGUUAUUGAUCUCCCCUGUUGGAGUGAAGGUUUGUGGGAAGGUUAGACUACACAGCUUGGGCAUAUUUCUUGUAAGAUUUAUAAUAUAAGGCCUUAAUCUUGCCUGUUGCCAUUGGUCAACUUUACCAACCAUUCUUUCAGUCUUAGCUAAUGGGAGCUCGCCAGAUGGAUUCUUGCCGAAGGAGACGUCGUUUGAUUGGUCGGUCAGUUCGGCUGGCACUUCCCGAACCGAUCAUUUUGCACAGUAUUAUGCCGCGUUCACGUACUAGUGGGAAUUAGAAAACCUCUGAAAUGGCUGACUUGUUUGUAGUUAUACACGCGCUGCGUUCAACCAGUUAGCAAGUCGGACAUGUCAGAGUUGCCUUGUUCUGACCAGCACUUGAAUGUGGCAAUAUAGAUGGACGACAAACAUCAUGGGCUUAGUCUCAAGGGCACCCUAUUCCCUAUAUAGUGCACUACUUUUGACCAGCGGUGUAGGGAAUAGGGUGCCUUUUGGGACCUACUCAUAGAAUAUUUCCAAGGGGGUUUGUGAAACUCCCAUCUGUGAUUUCUUCGGGUUUUUUUUCUUUCCCUUUUUUCGUUUCAGACAUUUUUUUUUUAAGGUGUCUCAUAAAAGCCAAACGUAUAGUUUACUAACGCAUUUUGCACAAAAUAAACAUUAAAAAAACAUGGUAUGAAGUCACUUUGUAUAAGAAAAAAAUCAUUGAACAUUUACUAAUACCUGUAUCAUCCAUAGUUUAUUACAGAGCCAUAUAUUUAGAGACUUAGGCCAAAUACUAUGUUUUAUAUUGUUAUGAUUCUAGACAUUCAGGUACAUAGCAUUGUAUAAAUAUUCCCCAUGUAACGUUAAUGGUUUGCUAACAUGGCUGCUAUAGAAUGUUGCAGUGUCAUGUUAAUGGGGUUCUAACAUGGAUGUUAUAGAAUGUUGUAGUGUCCUGUUAAUGGGGUUCUAACAUGGCUGCUAUAGAAUGUUGUAGUGUCA